AUGUCCAAGGUGUCUGGGUAUGAAUUCUACCACACUUUGGUCCGCCUCACCGAUAAUACUGGUACACAGUUACCUCCCGACCGCUUCCAGGCUUUUAUGUGCAUGGUUCAAGAAUGGCGUCAUAUCAAGCUCCUCAAACGCAAGCUUGAUAGGUCCCCACGAGAUAUGAAAGGGUGCAAACUGGGAGAACUUCCUAUUCCACCGGGCACAUUGGCUGUAAAAUGUCCUGCUUGUCCCUGGCCCGGAAUAAAUCUCGACGAAGGCUGGGAAAAUGAUACAGAGGAUCCGUGGAAGUACACACUAUACGUCGCUAUUGAUGCCAACUUUCGACUGGUCCGACUGGUCAUCUCCAAUUCCAAUCGGGAUCCUAGCCUACUCAAUGGUGCCGGAUUCAUAGUCCGACAGGAAGAUUUCCGCAACCAUGUUGCUGAGUAUGGCAAGCGCAUACCCUACGAUCCGAGUGAUUGCUGUGACCAUCAAGCCGUGAAACUCGCUACGACCAAACGAGGAGCUGCAUUGGCAACAAGUGGCGUUGCCACUGUCAAUUGUGCAUGGCAUGACUGCAAAGGUCCUAGCGCAGUCACAAUUCUAGAUCACGGAGAAGAGCAAGUUCGUAUCGACUACAUCUUUUGUUCACGUAAGUUGUGGGAACGUAUUGCUAUCUAUCCUCCCUCGAUGACGCCGAAACAAUCCCCAAGUGACUUCGUGUAUCUGAUCCCGAAAUUUCAUUUGCUGGCACAUAUACUUAGUUGCCACACCAAGUUUUCAUUUUACAAAACACCAUACGUGGGGGAGACUGACGGUGAGGCUCCAGAGCGAGGCUGGAGUCGUCUAAACCCACUCGCAGCCAGCUUGAAGGUCAUGGGUCCGGGUGGGUACCUGGACACCUUGGAUGAUCAUAUCGGUGAUUACAACUACCGCAAGACAGCUUCGAUGAGCACCAUCCUUCUGACAGGUAUCCAAGAAGCCAUUCCUGCCUGGGUGCUCCACAGUGCCGUGUAUGCUGAGUUCACAGCGACACUGCCAACACAGGAUGUGGAGAAAUGGAUGAUAGCCAUAGAAGCAUGGGAAAAGGAUCCAGUUGGCUCAAUAAAUCCAUUUGAGACCACUGUAGCUCAAUUAACGACCAAUAAGGUUCGGCUCACCCUUGCCAAAGAAGAAGCGGCUGAAAUGGCAAAGAUCGUUGCACGGGAGGCAAAAAGCAAGGAAACCAGAGGUGCACCAGCGAAGAGUGGUAAUACGAGAGCGGAAAACACACACCACGGUGACGAUACGACAAACAUGCAUGAAGACGAAUCCGCGAUGGCCGAAGAUGCAACAGAUAAAGAUGACGAGAUCUUCAGGGUACGACACGAGAUUGGGCCUAGUACGAUGAUUCUGCAGGGUGUUGAAUUAGAGUCUGAUCAAUUGCGUUUGAAGCAUGCAUAUGCAGGGCUUGGUCCGCACUCAAUGGACCAGGAACGUGCGAAGGUGACAGAAGGCUUAAACCGGGUCCGCCGCCGUCUCGAGGCCUGGUUUGAGGUUCAGCAGGUAUAUAUGCCCGCUGUAGUCGUUCUGCGAGCUGAGUGGACCAAAAACCAACUGGCCACUAAAGCAGCAGCAGCAGAAGAACGGGCAGCCACGGGUGGAGGACGAAAACCGCGGAAGAAGCAUCGACCAGUUCCGUCCCGCUGGAGGAAGCUCUUGAGGCCGUCGACCUUCCCCUGUUUCUUCCGAGAGCUACAGUCGGCCGUAUUCCCUGCAAUGGCAAACUUUUGGACUAUGAGUUCCGACUGCGACAGGAACAUUACCGGUCAGGCAAUGAACACACGAGCGAUAGCGACGAUCAAGAGUGUGGUGGCAAACAUUGAUGCUGCUGCGGCAAGAUAUCGUACACUCUGGGCGGAUCUGGGAACCCUCGCAUCUGCAAUUAACGGGGGAAAAGCUGGGUGGGAUCGACAACUACGCAUACUCGAACCAGGGGAUGUUCGUGCUCUGGAGGACAUCGCACCCGGACAAACGGAAGGACGUCGUGCAAUGACAUGGAUCUGGAGGGUGCAUCGACAUGAAACCGAUGCAGAAGAAACAGCGGAAGCUCUCCGAAUAGAAUGGUGCAAGACAAGAGCUCGAGCACAUCGCUGGCGGGAGGAAGUGGUGUUGGUGUUGGAGGAGAUGAAGCACGUCAAAGCGUUUUUUGCAUGGGAGGCUAGAACUUGGUUGGAGCGGGACACGAGAGAGGAUAUUUCUGAGGGAGAAUGUGCGUACGCUCUGCGUCAGGCUGACAUGCGAGUUCGAAUGCGGGAACAUUGUAUAGAACGGUGGAAGAAUGUGCCUACGUGGCUUGAGACCGGUAUUGUGCCGAAGUCAAAUCGUGGGCGUCGUACGCGUCCGAGGCCCAAAGAGACUAAUGACAAUGUUUUAUAG